CCUCGAUUAGUCAAAAGUCGAUCUACAUAUCCCUAAGUGCAACUAACUGCAAGAGCGAUAUAUGCUCCAUAUACUAAGCCAAACAAAUAAAAUACGAAGACGGCGUCAAUAAAAAGGAAAAAGCAUCAGCCAAGUUUGGAAAGCAGAGAAAUAAAGAAAGAAGGACGAUCAGGCGACAACGAAUAAGAAGAAAUUAACAAAUAGAAAAACAAAUUAAAGUGAACUAACUAUACGGCGACGAUGGUGAUGAUUAUGAUGAUGAUCUUGCUGCAUUGAAACUUGAAAAAAGGCAGAGUACAGCAAACCAACAACAAAUAGAGAGUGUUGGUGUCAAACAAAGAGGUCACUAACGAACGAGAACUUCAGCAGCGUUAGAACGAACAAGCAAGCAAGCAAUCAAAAUAGAAUGGAUAUUGGAGACAACACAUUCGAUAGCCAACAGACGGGCGGAGGUGGCGGCGGCGGUGGUCCAUCCCAGCAACAGACAGGACAACAAAUGCAAUGUGAUCCGGUUUUCGAUAGCUCACAUGGACCCCUCGGUGGGCCCAUACCCUUACCUGCCCCACCACAAAACUACGACAAGGGUCGUUCGAAUGCUGCCGAUAUUGAUUUCGAUUCGCUGUUGCUGCAACAAUUCAGCUGUUUGGGCACACGAGACCACGAAGAUCUGAUCGAACAAUUUCACAGUCUAAUGAAUAAUCAAAUGAACAAGGAUGCGGCCCGUUUCUUCUUGGAGAUGAGUAAUUGGAAUCUUCAAACCGCUGUCGGCUGUUAUUUGGACUUUUGCAAUGGCCAGACGCUGCCAUCGAUGAAACUGGUCCAACAACAGCCGAAUGGUCAACAAAUGGCAUGGCGUCUACAAAAUAUCGGCUCCGAAACAUGGCCCAACGGCUGUUACUUAAUGUCCAAUAGUCAAGUGCGACGCCUCGAAGUGCCCUCCCUGCGACCGGGUGAUACGUGUGAUGUGGUAGCCGAUAUCUGUACCCCUGAGCCGAUUGUGUGGCGUCUGUGUACACCGUAUGGUGAAUAUUUCGGUGAUAGCCUAUGCCUGGUGGCACCGGGCGUUUUCAAUUCACACGAAGAAUUAAAUCAACGUUUAGCUCAAUUAGCUGUUACCGAACAAAAUCCCGCCCAAUGUCCUCAAGUUAAUAUUGUGAUAUCGGAGAGAAUGGAAUAAAGCGAAUGUGAAUGGGAUGUUGUGAGAUUUUCGGUCUGAAGACCAGCGAACGAGAGAGAGAGAGAACAAGUGCGAAAGAGAUCAUUAUAGAUGUAUUUAAUAGAAAUGAAUGUGUGUGUGUGUCGUAUUUGAUUUUUUUUAAUUUUGGCUGAAAUUUUAUUUUAAAGGGCAUGAACGAGAGAUCUGGUGUGAGUAAGACUUGGUGAGAGAGAGAAGAAGAAGAAAAUGAGAACAACUACAAAAGAGUGUGAAUGCAGUUUUAAGUUUUUCUAUUUUUCCCCCUUUCUUUUUUAUGUUCACCAAAAAAUAAUAGCUUUGUUUUGUUUUUUAUUUUCUAAAACAAAAAAUUCGUGAAUUUUAUUUUCUAUAAACCAUAUAUCUACUAAUAAUAUUUAAGUUUUAUUCGAGCUUUCACAUUUUCUUUUUCUACAUUUUUAAUAUAUUCUCUAUGUAAAAAUUAUAGAAAAUAUAUACUUAUAUAUAUAUCCUACAGUUCUCUUAAUGAUAUACAUAUAUAUAUUUUUGCUUUUACUAUUAUUUUGUUAAAUAUCAAUUUAAUAUUAUUAUAAUUAUAAUUCUUAAUUGCCUACCAAUCCAAUUUGUAAUUUGGUACUAAACAAAUUUUGAAAACGAAACAAAACUCAAAACAAAAAAAGUUUAUUAUUUAUGUGGUUGAAUAACAUUAUUUGUCUCUAUUGCCGGUUUUUAUAUAUACAAAACAAAUGCGUGAAUUAUAUAAAUAUUUAUAUUCGAUUAUAAAUUGGAAAACAAAAUAUGUAAAAACAGAAAAAAAACAAAAACAAAAUCGAUAACAAAUUGCUAAGUUUUAUAUACACAUACAUAAAUUUAGGUAUAUACGUAUGUAAUUUUUAAUUAAUAUUUAGAAAGGAUAAUAAAUAAAAUGUAAUUGUUAAAAUUAAA